ACGAGCUGGGCGGCUUCGGCCGCCGCGGUGUGGCCGGGAGUCCGGAGCAGCGUGUAAAUAAACGGCUCCGAGCGAAUGGAGACGCUCCGUUGCGGUCGGCCGUGUUUACGGGUGUGAGCGGCGCGGCGGCCUGUGAGGCCGAGGCGACGGAGCUCGAGUCACGGGCUUGUUCGAAUUCCCCCGUUCCACCUUAAAUGGUGCGGAGGCCGUGGGGCCAGAAUGUAACUGCUGCACCAUUUAAGGUGGACCGGGAAAAUUCGAGCAAGACCGUGACUCGAGCUCCGUCCGAAGACGCGAAGGGCCGCGGUGUAAAAACGAACGACUGUCGCGCACAUGGAACAUAAUUCCCAAUCCCUAAUUCCAGCCACGUAACUGGCGUUCCUGGUCACUUCGGCUGCCUUGUUAGUUAGCUAAUGCUAUACACUGUAAGCUAGCACCGUAGUUAGCCAGCUAGCCAUGACGUAAAACCUGUUCGUUACAACCGGAAAAAGAUCUCGGCCCCGCGUUCAUCUCGGGGAGUGUAACUCUGCCGUUCUCGGCCCCGCGUUCAUCUCGGGGAGUGUAACUCUGCCGUUCUCGGCCCCGCGUUCCUCUCGGGGAGUCUAACUCGGCCGUUCUCGGCCCCGCGUUCCUCUCGGGGAGUCUAACUCGGCCGAUCUCGGCCCCGCGUUCCUCUCGGGGAGUCUAACUCGGCCGAUCUCGGCCCCGCGUUCCUCUCGGGGAGUCUAACUCGGCCGUUCUCGGCCCCGCGUUCCUCUCGGGGAGUCUAACUCGGCCGUUCUCGGCCCCGCGUUCCUCUCGGGGAGUCUAACUCGGCCGUUCUCGGCCCCGCGUUCCUCUCGGGGAGUCUAACUCGGCCGUUCUCGGCCCCGCGUUCCUCUCGGGGAGUCUAACUCGGCCGAUCUGGGCCCCGCGUUCCUCUCGGGGAGUCUAACUCGGCCGUUCUCGGCCCCGCGUUCCUCUCGGGGAGUCUAACUCGGCCGUUCUCGGCCCCGCGUUCCUCUCGGGGAGUCUAACUCGGCCGAUCUCGGCCCCGCGUUCCUCUCGGGGAGUCUAACUCGGCCGAUCUCGGCCCCGCGUUCCUCUCGGGGAGUCUAACUCGGCCGAUCUCGGCCCCGCGUUCCUCGGGUUUUCCGCGUUUAUCCGUAUGGCUUUGUCAGUCAUCAAAUAACUCGUAUUGUGUCCUGUGACUGUACUGUGGUUCUGACACAUGAUGCCUUCAGCAGUUUCGGUUAAGUCGAGGGUAGUCUUCCCCAGGUGUCCAGGCCUCGGCGUUCCUCCUCUCCGAAAUGAUUCGUUAUUGUCCCAGUGUGAAAGGGGCUUAGCAGUACUGGCCAUUCAAACACUGUCCAAGCAAGGACAGUCUCACUCAAAGAACUCGCAUGGAUUCAGAGGAGAUUGAAGUGGAGAGCAGCAGUGAUGUGGGCCAUUCAGGGAUGGAGGAGCCGUCUGAGAGUGGAAUGGGCAUGGAGUCGUCAGAGGCCAUGUCUGCCGACAGCAGCGACACGGCCACAAUGCCAGCUCUGGCACCAGAGUCUGACUGCCACGUUGGACAGAGUUCAGAAGGCCUUGUGGUUUUUAUCCCAGAAACAAGCUCCAGUACAGAUGUGCAUGGGAUCCAUCUCCCAGAUUCCUCCUCUGUUGCCCAGUCAACCAGCGUCUCCAGCGUCUCCACGGUGACCCAGUCUGUCCUGGUGUCCGAGUCUGCUCAGGUCCUAGUGCACUCUAGUGCUGUAUCUGAGGGAGGGAUGAUGGUGUCUGACUCAACAGCAUCAACAUCCUCAGACCUGGGCUCUGCCAUUGACAAGAUAAUCGAGUCCACCAUCGGGCCUGAUAUAAUGAAUGGAUGUAUAGCAGUUACCAGCGCAGAAGACGAUAGUGCUGAAGCCACACAGUACUUGAUCCUGCAAGGACCAGAUGAUGGAGCUCCUAUGGUUGCUCAGAUGUCUUCCUCAGCACUAUCUAGCCGCAUUGCCAUCGAAGCCUUAGCUGAUGGGCCCACCUCCACCUGCCUGGAUCAGGCUGACCUAUCAGAGGGCCUGCAGGGCAGUCUAGAGCCUGACCAGCCUGACCAACCCGGACACUCCAGCUACCCUGAACACGAGGAUGGGAGCAGCAGCAGCAGCCGGCCUGACCAGCCCCAACACUCGCAGUAUGUAGAAUGUGGAGGAGGAGGCGAUGACCCAGACCAGACUGGCGAGGCUCGGUACAUCGAGUGCUCUAGAGCAGAAGCGGAUGAGACACCUCGCCAGUCCCGGUUCGCAGACUAUGCAGUGAAUGGUUAUGUGGCUGAAUGCAGCGGCGCAGACAGCAGCCCUCAGAGGCGCUACGUAGUGGAAUGUAGUGAAAGCUAUCUGCCUGAGGAUGGACACGAGCAGCCCCAGCACUCUCGAUACAUUGACAGCAGUGUUGAUGAUGGUGAGCCAAGUCACCGCUAUACUGAACGUGUUUCUGCCUCAGAGCAAGACAGUAAUGCAGCAGAAGAACCACAGCACUCCUACAUGGCCCAGGACUCGCUAUAUGCAGAUGAUGGUGCUGUUCAGCAUUCACUGGCCGACACAGCCGGUUCCCAGCUGCCAGACCAGAUGGAGUGCAAUGAAAGCCAGGCCGGCCCGUACAUCAGCAGCAGUGGGACGUACUCUGCCCAUCCUGAACCUGAGGCAGUGCCACAGUGGUCCCCAGAGCCAGGCGGGUCAGCAGGACCCCAGGAGGACGACGUGGCUGUGGUGGAGUCAGGGGUGGCAGCUGGGCCGGGGGAGAGAGCUCCUGAUCUGGCCGAACUGGAAGAGAUGAUGGAAGUGGUGAUUGUGCAGCAAUUCAAGUGCAAGAUGUGCCCAUAUAAAAGUGUGUCCAAAGAUACGCUUAUUAAUCACAUGAGAGACCGACACUUCAAACCUCCUGGUGAUCCUCCUAAAAAGCGAGGGCGGGGAAGACCAAGAAAGGCAGAGACGCUGGCACGACAAGUAUCAGAAUCAGCAUCAGUGUCAGAGGUGAAGAAAGAAGAGCCACCAGAGGAGGAAGAUGACAUUGUUGAUGCAGGUGCCAUUGAUGAUCCUGAAGGUGACAGUGACUAUAACCCUGCAGACGAACAGCUCAGGGCAAGACCACCUCCACAUCGGCCAGCCCCUCCCUCCUGUUCGUCCUCUUCCUUCUCUUCUUCACGGAAACGACCUCGCAGGAUGGUGGGCCCACCUCGCAAAUUCCUUUUUCCCCAGAGUUACACAGGUCAGUCAGCAGCUGUGGCAGCACCAGGGUCUCAGAUAAGCAAUACAACAGACCCUCAGGCUCCUGAAGAGGCCACUUCCUCUGGGCUGGAGAAUGGAAAUGCCUCACUGUCCAAUGACUGUGCUGCAGAGCCAGGUGUCAGCCAAUCAGAUUCAGAAAAUAAAGACCCCUCAUCAAACACCGGGCGAGAGGAUGAGGAGUUUUUCCCAAGGAAGCGAGGACGGCCAUCAAAACGUUUCCUACGCAAAAAGUAUAAAAAGUAUAUAAACCGGAACAAGUACUAUAAAUCCCUCAAACCCCUGCUGAGACCUCAUAACUGCUGGAUCUGUGGAUCACGCUUUCUGUCUCAAGAAGACCUCCGAUUUCAUGUGGAUUCUCAUGAGGGCAGCGACCCUGAACGUUUCAAGUGCCUCCAAUGCAGCUACCGCUGCAAGCGUUGGUCUUCCCUUAAGGAGCACAUGUUCAACCACCAGGGUACCAAACCAUAUAAGUGUGACACAUGUGAUUACUCAAGUGUCUACAAGAAGGACGUGAUCCGACAUUCUGCUGUUCACAAUAAAGACAAGAGGAGGAAGACAGACGUGGCUUGUGAUGAUACUUUUCAGAUUCCGAAAGUGUCAGAGUUCCCAUGCCCUAUCUGCCACCGUGUGUACCCCAUGCAGAAACGCCUCACCCAGCACAUGAAGACACACAGCACAGAGAAACCACACAUGUGUGAUAAGUGUGGAAAGUCCUUUAAGAAACGAUACACUUUCAAAAUGCAUCUCCUCACUCAUAUUCAAAACUGUGGAAACAGUUUGUUUAAGUGUGAGUUCUGCGAGGUCACAUGCACUGAUAAGAAGCAACUGCUGAACCAUCAACUGUCCCACACCAACGACAAGCCUUUCAAGUGCGACUACUGCAAGUACUCCACAAGCAAAGAGGAUUUCCUAGUGUCCCACAUUGCUAUCAAGCACACUGGAGAGAAACCCUUCUCCUGUGACAUGUGCCACUUCAUGACCAAGCACAGGAAGAACCUGCGGCUGCAUGUGCAGUGCCGUCACCCCGAGGAGUUUGAAACGUGGAGCCAGGCCCAUCCUGAGGAACCGGUGCGGCGCCGCAGGAGACCCUUCUUCACUCUGCAACAGAUUGAAGAGCUUAAACAGCAGCAUGAGAACCAGGGGCUGCAGGGCACCAUCGUAUCAGUGGACCCUUUAUCUCUCCAAACAAUGGAGCCCAUGGGGAAUGCUUCUGUGUCCCAGGAUGCACUGGGAAACACCACCAUCAUCUAUGAGCAAGCACAGUCAUCUGACCUGUCUGCCCAGCAUGCUCUAGACCUCCUCUUGAACAUGAGCAAUGCCCGAGAGUUAGUGGGAAACUCGCUCCAGGUAGCUGUGUUGAAGUCUGAUGUGAAGACAUUAGAAACAGACUCGUGGUCUGAAGCAGAGUCCGCAGAUCACAGUUCAUCUCUGCAACCUCAGAAAGUCGUGACAUUCCACGUGUCUGAAAAUGGGGAGACACUUGUACAGGAGGCGUUUGAGACCGUGGCCGGAGCAGUGACUGAGGAGGAGGCAGCUGGAGGAGGCCAGGAGUUUACGCAGAUUGCUGUCAGCUCUUUUGAGAGUGCAGGAGAGUUCAGUGUGGUGCAGCAGGCAGCUGAAGAGAUUCAGAGCACUGGAACUGCUUAUAGCAGUGUGGAGGACAGCUCAGGUGAUCAUCAGGCCAUAGAGGUGAGCAGUGAAUCUGGCUCCAUCUCUACUCCACUGAAAGACAACAAAAAUAAGUUUUACCUGAGCUCCAGCUUGGCUGAUGGGGUUCUACAGCAAGUGGAGCUGUGCAGUGAGACCCCAGGCUCUCCAUCCCAGAGUUCAUCCUCCCAGAGCCAGCAGCUCAACACCAAGCGCUUUUCCUGUAGGGUUUGCAUGGAGACCUUUCAAGGCCGUUCUGACAUGGAGAACCACAAGAGGGCACAUGUGAACCCCAACACGUUCAAAUGCCCCGACUGUGAAUUCACUGCUAACUCUUGGCCAGAGGUUAAGACUCAUAUGGCCAAGCAUGCCUACCUGCGGCCACACACAUGCUCCCACUGCAGCUUUGCUUCUAAAAACAAAAAAGACCUGCGACGCCAUAUGAUGACCCAUACCAACGAGAAACCUUUCUCUUGUGAUGUCUGUGGACAGAGGUUUAACCGGAAUGGCCAUCUGAAAUUCCACAUGGAGAGGCUGCACAUGCAGGAUCCUCCCCCUCGCAAGCCCAGAUCCAACAGCUCCCAACAGACCAUCAUAGUCAACAGCGACGAGGAGGCCCUGGCGACUCUACAGACCUUGCAAGCUGGUCAGACUGUAAUCAGUUCAGAACAACUGCAGCAGGCUUUGGAGCAAGAACAUAUAAUCGUGGCGCAGGAGCAGGCUCUCUCAGACCAGGAGGAGGCUACAUACAUUCAGCAAAUAACCACAGUAGAUGGCCAGACUGUGCAGCACUUAAUGACAGCAGACAAUCAGGUGGCAGAGGUCCAGUAUAUAAUCUCUCAGGAUGUACAGCACUUGAUCCCACAGGAAUAUGUAGUGGUGUCCGAUGGCAAUCAUAUUCAGAUGGAAGAUGGGCAAAUUGCUCAUAUUCAAUAUGAGCAUGAUGGGACAUUUCUACAGGAACAGCAGAUUGCUCUGACUCACGAUGGGCAAAUCCAGUACUUCCCCAUCAGUGCUGAGCAGCAGAUAGUCAGCCCUGAGGAUCUCGAGGCUGCUGCUCACUCUGCUGUCACCGCUGUAGCCGACGCAGCCAUGGCCCAAGCUCAAACAGUGUACACCACAGAAGCCACGCCCGAGCAGCUGGAGCAGAUGCAGCAGCAAGGCAUCCAGUAUGACGUCAUCACCUUUACAGAAGAAUAGACACUCGUAUGGCUUAAGUACACAGCGCGCUGUCGUCAAGGAGUGUGAAUUCCCUCAGUCGCCAAAUUCCCUUUUCUGUAGAGAUUCCUAAACAGAAGACACAGCCUGCUGUUACGCUACUGCGAGUGCAGACAAGCAUUUUUUGUAUAUUCUGUAAAGUACAAUCAGAGAAUCAGUGGGGAGGUGCAGUAGUUAGUAUAACAAAAAAUCAUGCUUUGUAAUUAUUUAAAAUGAUUAAUCUUACUGUGCCUCCACUGUUCUGCUUUGUAAAAAUAUAUAGUAAGAAUGAAUGACAGAUUCAGUAUUUAAUUAAAUAUAAGCGUUGGCUUGGUAUGCUGUAGGGAAUGUUUGUGAAGAGUGCCUACAGGUGGUACUAGGUACUGUUUCUCUGUUUGAGAGUUACACCAGAGCAGAUUUAUGGACUUUUAUUUUGUGAUACAGUUUGCUAAAGUUGUGAGUUCUGAUGGAGUAGCGUUCAUUUUCCUUUUCAAGCCUGUUUUUUAUGUACAUAUGAAGAGUUUCCAGGAGGUUUUUUUGGCUUUGAGAGAUUGCAUUAAUGCUCAUACCAAAUAAAUCACUUUACCUAAGCUGUCUGAAAAGAA